CUCACACGUGUUUCCCGUGAAGCAGACGGACACACGCGGACUGCUAAGAUGGCGGCGGACGGAGGCCGAUCUGCGCUUCCCUGCGCCUUUAGCCCCAAAUCACAACAGUUUCUGGCUCUCUGCGCACAGGACGGGAGACUACGGAUUUGGAAUACCGAGAGCAAAACUCUACAACAGGAAUACGUGCCUUCCGCGCACCUGAGCGCAGCCUGUACCUGUGUGACAUGGGGACCGUGCCGAGCAGUUCAGGAUGUUCCACAGAGGAAGAGGAGGAAAUGUGAGGCCGGGUCGGCAGUUGAGCAGACAGAUCUGUUGGCUCUGGGCACUGCUGUUGGGUCUGUCCUCAUCUACAGCACAGUGAAGGGAGACCUGCAUUGCACUCUGGAUGGAGAACACAGUGGACCAGUCAACAGCGUCCAGUGGCAUCCAGAGGACUCUGUGUUAUACAGUGGCUCAGAUGACACGCACAUAGCCGAAUGGGACCUGCAGAAAGGAAAAGUUAGUUGCAAAUGGAAGGCAGACAGAUCAGCCGUCAGCAGCCUGUGUAUAAGUCCAGAUGGAAAGCUGCUGCUCUCGGCAGGAAUGAUCAUCAAGAUGUGGAACCUGGAGACUAAGGAAGUGUACAGGAAAUUCACAGGUCACUCUACCAUGGUAACAACUCUCUGCUUCGCCACAACACGACCCCCAGACAGCAAUGGGAUGUACUUUCUGUCAGGAGCUGCUCACGACAGGCUCCUGAGUGUGUGGCAGGUGAGGUCAGAUGGCAAGGACAAGAACUCUGUGGUGUCAUUUACUCUGACAGAUGAACCGCAACACAUAGAUCUUCAGACAUCCAGCCACAAAGAGGAGGCUAUGAGGUUAGCAGUGGUGUGUAAGGAUGGUCAGCUUCAUCUCUUUGAGCACUUUCUGAAUGGGAUAUGUAAGAAGCCACUGUCACCAGUGUGCUCACUGCAGGUGUCCACUAUGAAGGGAGACUCACCUGUCCCAGUGCCUCUGCUCGCAGCAGCUUUGUGUGCAGACAGACAGAACCUAAAGCUGGCAUACGGACAUCACCUGCAGCCUGUCAUGGAGAAAACUCCAUUUAACACGUCAGAAAGACAUGCGUGCUUAGUCCGAGAUGUACUUUCCACACUUUCUCUCUCUGUAGACAUGGCUGUCUCCAAGGUGAAGACACCAGUUGUUAAUCAAAAGAGCAAAGUUUUAAUGCCAGGACUAACAGGACACAAAGCACCAAUCAAAUUAACUCCCAAUGAAGCAGAGAAAAGGAAAAAAGAGGCCAGUACCACAGAGUUGUCUAUCGAGGAGCGGUUGGAGCAGAUUGAGUUGAGUGGCGGCAGGAAGGGUGCUGCUAAAGGCUCGUCCUCCCUGCAGACGGACAGCUUUGCUGUACUGCUUGUUCAAGGCCUAGAGAGCAAAGACGAGAAGAUCCUUAAUAAAAUAUUUCAAACCAAAAAAGAGAUAUUGAUAAAGAACACUGUUUCCCGGUUACCACCCCCAGCUAUCCUGCCAUUGCUGGAAGAGCUGUCCAGAAGACUGCAGGGGCAUCCGUUCGCGGCCUUGCUUAUAGUUCAGUGGUUUAAGGCUGUACUUACACAACACGCAUCAUACUUGUCUUCGCUGCCGGAUCUAGUGUCUCAGUUGGGCUUGAUCUACCAUAUGAUUGAGAGCAGGGUAAAGUUAUAUCAUCAACUCAGCAGGCUUCAUGGCAAAUUGUUCCUGCUUAUGUCACAGGUGGCGACCAGCACCAGCUCUCAGAAAACUGAUGUCGAUCGCACAGCAAAACUGGUUUAUGAAGAAGAGUCUUCAGAUGAGGAUGAAGGUUCAGGAGAUGAAGGGCGUCCUGAGGAUGACUCUGAUAACUGGGAGGAGGAUGAGACGGCAAUGGAAUUGACAGAAGACAAAAAGAACCACAAAGAGGAGGAUGAAGAGGAAGAUAUGAAAGAUGAAUCAAAAGCAAAUGGUGAUUCAGAUCUGGACCCUGAAAAUGAAAGCGAAGAGGAAUAAUACCCCCCCAAAAAAGCACCCUUGCAUUUAUAUAUGAUUUCAUUUUAUUUUUCAUUUUGUUGAAUUUUAUUGUAACGAAACAAAAGGUUAUGUUUUAUAGAAUUCCGAUAGCCAAUGCAGCCUGGACUUGUGGUUGUCUUUCUCAGAACAGUCAUAAAGGGCAUGUGACCCUCAGUCUGGGUGACUGACAGCUCCUCGUGGAGAGAGAGCACACACAUUUGAGGUCCAUUCGUGUCACUUUUCCUGUGACCUCCUAACUGCCUCUGUUUUGUUGCCCAGCUACAAUGGGAUACUGUGGGUUUCCCAAACCAAAUCCCCCUCGAUCCCCCUGCUCGAUUGCAUCCUUAAACAGACGUCCGAUGUCCCGGUGGUCCGAGCAUAUGAGCUUAUCAUGAUUAUGCUCAUCAACAUUUGUCCUCUGUUCACAUCCUUGAUUUAUCUGUCGUCAUUGCUCUCUCUGUCACGGUCAUUUCUCAUGUUUGAUUUCUGUGUCCUGUGUGUGAUUUCAGAUGAGGUUUUUUACACCCUCUGCAGUCAUAACCCAGUUCUUGGUCUUGAGAACAAAAAAUGUGAACCUCUCCCAUUACAACAUGAAUAUAAAAAAACACAAAACCAGAGGCGUUGUACGUUAAUUAUACAGUGGUUGCAGUUAGCGUCAACCAAAACCUUUCAUGCAAACAAUAUAUCGGCGACUGUUGUACAGUUUAAAUGAAAUAAAUACAGCUUUGUUCUCA